AGCCUCGAACUACUUAGGGCUCGGUUGCCAACGUCAGCACUGGGAGGGCUCCGCCCCGCGGAAGUGCGGACCCCGCCCGCGGGAGGUCGGGAGCUGCCGCCUGCGCGCCCGCUCUGUCCAGCGCAGCCUCGGAACUGCGCGUGCGCGCCGCGCGACCGGAAGUGAGUCGGCCCCGAGGCCCGUGACCCCCGGAAGCAGUUCCUCGCGGUCUCCACGCCUGAGGAGACGUGUAGGGGCCGGGUUCGGCUCUCGUUGAACUCUCACCCGGAGCGCAGGGGUUUCUUCUUCCGGGACAAGAUGGCGCCGUCCACGCCGCUGUUGACAGUCCGUGGCUCUGAAGGACUGUACAUGGUGAAUGGACCACCGCAUUUUACUGAAAGCACAAUAUUUCCAAGAGAAUCUGGAAAAAAUUGCAAAGUCUAUACCUUUAGUAAGGAUGGGACCUUGUUUGCCUGGGGCAAUGGAGAAAAAGUCAGUAUCAUCAGUGUCACUGACAAGGGACUCCUGCACUCCUUCGACCUCCCAAAGGCAGUUUGCCUGGAAUUCUCACCAAAAAACACUGUCCUGGCCACAUGGCAGCCUUAUACAACUUCUAAAGACGGCACGGCUGGGACGCCCAACUUGCAGCUCUACGAUGUGAAAACUGGGAUGUGUUUGAAAUCUUUCAUACAGAAAAAAAUGCAGAAUUGGUGUCCAUCCUGGUCAGACGACGAAAUCAUUUGUGCCCGAAAUGUUAACAACGAAGUUCACUUCUUUGAAAACAACAAUUUUAACACAAUUGCAAAUAAAUUACAUUUGCAAAAAAUUAAUGAUUUUGUUUUAUCACCUGGACCCCAGCCAUACAAGGUGGCUGUCUAUGUUCCAGGAAGUAAAGGUGCACCUUCGUUUGUUAGAUUGUAUCAGUACCCCAACUUUGCUGGACCUCAUGCCGCCCUAGCCAAUAAAAGUUUCUUUAAAGCUGAUAAAGUUACCAUGCUUUGGAAUAAAAAAGCUACUGCUGUGCUGGUAAUAGCUAGCACAGAAGUCGACAAGACAGGAGCUUCCUACUAUGGAGAGCAAACCCUGCACUACAUCGCCACAAACGGAGAGAGUGCCGUGGUACAGCUGCCAAAAAAUGGCCCCAUUUAUGAUGUAGUCUGGAACUCCAGUUCCACUGAGUUUUGUGCUGUUUAUGGUUUUAUGCCUGCCAAAGCGACGAUUUUCAACUUGAAGUGUGAUCCUGUGUUUGACUUUGGAACCGGGCCUCGCAACGCAGCCUUCUACAGCCCCCAGGGGCAGAUCUUGGUCCUGGCUGGAUUCGGCAACCUGCGGGGACAGAUGGAAGUGUGGGAUGUCAGGAACUACAAACUCAUCUCCAAGCCCGUGGCUUCCGAUUCCACACACUUCGCCUGGUGCCCGGAUGGUGAGCACAUCCUGACAGCCACGUGUGCUCCCCGACUGCGGGUCAACAAUGGCUACAAGAUUUGGCACUACACAGGCUCCAUCUUGCACAAGUACGAUGUGCCAUCAAAUGGAGAAUUGUGGCAGGUUUCUUGGCAGCCGUUUUUGGAAGGAAUAUUUCCAGCAAAAGCAAUAACCUACCAAGCUGUCCCCAGUGAAGUCCCCAGUGAGGAACCCAAAGCUGCAACAGCGUACAGACCCCCUGCUUUGAGAAAUAAGCCUGUGACCAACUCCAAGCUCCAUGAAGAGGAACCACCCCAGAAUAUGAAACCACAUCCAGGGAACGAUAAACCGUUAUCCAAAACAGCCCUUAAAAAUCAAAGGAAGCAUGAAGCAAAGAAAGCUGCGAAGCAGGGAGCAAGGAGUGACACGAGUCCACAUUUGGCACCUACUCCUGCCCCACAGAGCACACCACGCAACCCUGUCAUCCCGUCAACUUCUGGUGACCCUGAAGUAGACAAAAAAAUUAAGAACCUAAAGAAGAAACUGAAGGCCAUUGAGCAGCUGAAGGAACAAGCCACAGCUGGGAAACAGCUGGAGAAAAACCAGUUGGAGAAAAUUCAAAAAGAGACAGCCCUUCUCCAGGAGCUGGAAGAUUUGGAGCUGGGUAUUUGAACAUUCCCAGAAAGCCAGCUGGUCACCAGAAAGAAAUCAGUGCGAACACCUCUUCCUGUGAGCCUUGCAGGGGUGUUCAUGGAACAUCCACGCACCCUCGUUUAAUUUGCCCAGGAUUCUGCACAUGUGGAGUUAUUUAAUUAUGUCUAUUAAACUGACAUUUACACCUCCUCCUGUAUCACGUCAGUAUGUCACAACGAAAAGGGUUCAUGAAUUUUUCAGCUAAGCUUGUUUAGUAGGGACAGUAUUUACUUUAUAAAUGAAUA